CCGUACAUCUGUAGCGAAUAUUAAUUUACGAGUAACUGAUAGUAAAUGAAUAGUCAUUUUCGAGCAAUUGAAUACUCAUUUUCAAUUAACUGAAUAUUCAUUUUUCUAAAUUCAAUUACUUUCGAAAAUGAAUAUUCAAUUAUCCGAAAAUAAGUAUUCAAUUACUCAAAAAUAAGUAUUGAAUUACUCAAAUAUAGGCACUUUGUAAUCUGGGUGACUGGGUUAGCAUCUGUAAUUUAAUUGAAUCAAGAGCUCUGCUUUGAAACCAAAACCUGCCUGAAACAAUGUCGAUUCCCGCCCCCAGUUUCAAUUCGUCGAAACUUCUCAAUCACCCCAAACACCUUCAUCAUCUUCCCCAGCAAUCUCCAAACCCUAUUCUACGAUCCCACCUUCUCCGUAGCUCCAAAACCCCCAAUCUCGUACCCUUAAACAUUUCCUUCCGGAAUCAUGGAAAUAUUCUCAGAUUCAAAUGCACCGGUGGAUCGGAGUCCGCACCUACUUCCCGCGCCUUGUUGGACGAUGCAGAGAAGGAACCGAAGAAGCUAGACGACGGCCAGAGUGGCGGAAACGGACGUUUUCCGUCUGGCGGCGGCGGAGGCGGCGGAGGAGGAGGAGGAGGAGGAAAUGAAGGCGACGGCGAUGAAGAUGAGUUUGGACCGGUGAUGAAGUUCGAGGAGGUCGUGCGAGAGGUCGAGAAGCGUGGAACUGAUUUGCCUGAUGUUAUGUGGGAGAUUGCCAAGACUACAGGGCUUCGCAGUUUGGUUCUUAGUCGGUACUUGGAUCUGCAGGCUGCUGCUUGGCCACUUGGAUUUUUAAUGAGACAUUGCUCGUUGCUAAGGGACCGAAUGUUAGCCGAUCCUUCUUUUCUGUUUAAAAUUGGAACAGAGGUUGUGAUAGACUCUUGUUGUGCUACUUUUGCUGAGGUACAAAAAAGAGGAAAAGACUUUUGGGCAGAGUUUGAAUUGUAUGCUGCUGAUCUUUUGGUUGGCAUUGUUGUUGACAUUGCUUUAGUUGGUAUGCUGGCUCCUUAUGUCCGCUUUGGGAAGAAGCCCGUUUCAACUGGAUUAUUUGGACCACUGCGGUAUGCUUGUGGAUCUCUUCCUAGCAGUGUUUUUGAAGCUGAGAGGCCGGGUUGUAGAUUUUCAUUGCAACAGAGGAUUGCCACAUAUUUUUACAAGGGAGUGUUGUAUGGCUCAGUUGGAUUUGGGUGUGGCCUUAUUGGUCAAGGCAUUGCAAAUAUGUUGAUGAAUGCUAAGAGGAGCAUCAAGAAGUCCGAAGAUGAUAUACCUGUUCCUCCUCUAGUGAAAAGUGCUGCACUAUGGGGUGUUUUCCUUGCGGUGUCUUCGAACACUCGUUACCAAAUAAUAAACGGACUGGAACGUGUUGUCGAAGCAUCGGCGCUGGCGAAGCGGGUCCCGCCUGUUGCGAUGGGCUUCACGGUCGGAAUCCGGUUUGCUAACAACAUCUAUGGUGGGAUGCAGUUUGUGGAUUGGGCCAAGUGGAGUGGCGUGCAAUAGAACCCUGUAGUAGUAUGAUUCACUUCUUUAAAUUGUUGAGUUCUAGAAUUGUUUUUAUCUAAUGAGUUUUAGGAGGUUAUACUUUGUUUUAGGAGGCCACCUUUUAGGUUACUAUUUCCCAGUUUUCAUGCAAUCAAUUACUCCCUUUUCUCUACUAAAAAGAAAAAUGGGAUAAUUAUUUUAGGACAAAGGUGGAUUUCUUGUCGUUUACUGCAUAUUUCUUGCCCCGAGAUUCUAAAUUUUGCU